AUGUUUCCCCAUAUCUAUUCAGUCAUUCGUUCCUCAAUGAAUCCCAUAAUUCUGUGGGUUUCAAUAUAUUCAAUAUUAUCUCCAACACAGAUUUAUUUCUAUUUAUUUUUAUUCGAUACUUAUUUCAGAAUUAUCCAUGAGAUGGAUAUUCAAGAGCCAGAGUUCACCAGCGAACAAGUGCGAAGUGUGUUGUUCACUCAGGAUGCGGGAAACCAAUUUCACAUAUUGAGUCGAACGGUGCAGUCGAUAUGUACGACGGGCUCCAUUGGCGGUUCCUUCGACUACGACCAAACAUGGAUAUGCGCUCUGUGCAUGCUGAACACCGUGCAGCAUCGGCACGUAGCCAUCGCACGGCUGUCCCAUCCGACGAAUCUCGGUCGAACAAUGCAGGACCUUCGAUUCAUCAUCAUUGUCAUCGCACCAAGUCGGGCGAAAGGCACGAAAACCGCGUUGGAGACAACUCGCACAUUCGCCACACUAUUCGCUGAUAUGGAGAUCCGGCAGCGACUGGUGAUGGCUCAGUCCGUUGAAGCCUUCAGAUCCACUUUGCUGUCCGCCGCCAAGGAACUUGCCAUGGACCAAAAUCAAUGGCGUGAACGUAAAUCGUCCAUUCAUCUCAGUCAAGCAAAAGAACAAAUUUUCGGUCCGAAUGCAUGGUAUCCGUUCCGCGGUUUAUCUGAGGAAUUUAAGCGGCGGUUAGCUGUAUAUCCGUCAGAUUUCAUUGACGGUGUAACUGGCCAUCGAACGAUGCAAAAACUUUUCUCGACAGUAGUAUUUCUCUACUUUGCAUGUCUUCUGCCGGCGAUUGCCUUUGGAGUGCUCAACGACGACAACACGAAUGGAAGCAUCAAUGUACGGAAAGUCAUAAUUGCCCAAGCUAUCGGUGGCAUCUUUUUCUCAUUAUGUGGUGGUCAACCAAUGAUCAUAUUGCUCACUACUGUUCCGUUAGCCAUUUAUAUAAAAGUGAUCUUCAAAAUCUCUCAAGAACUUGGCUACGAUUUCUUUGCCAUGUAUGCUUGCGUCGGUUUAUUUUGCCAAUUAUUUCUUGUUCUAUACUCAGCGACUGAGUUAUGCAGCUUGAUGAAGUUAGCGACACGGUCUGCUGAAGAAAUGUUCUCGUUGUUCAUCGCCAUAGCCUUCACUGUAGAAAGUAUACGGGCCAUACAUAAUAUAUUCCUCAAAAACUACAGCGGAUGUGACGCAACGAAUGCCAACAGAGACAACUUGACCACCUUCAACAAUACGUCUACGCUAAUCAUCCGAUUUCUCAUCGAGAUUUUUCAGGAGACCGGUGUACUUUGUCGACGUGACACCUCAAUACUGUACAUGUUGCUAAUGUUUGGCACAUUAUGGCUUGGUCUAUUUCUAUAUAACUUUAGAAAGACGCCCUACCUUACGCGGUCACGUCGUGAAUGGCUGGCAGACUAUGCCCUACCUGCAUCGGUGCUUAUUAUGUCUUUCACAGGGUCAUACUGUUUCUCCGAUAUCGCAAAGGAUCGAUUCAAAUUGCGAGGAGAAGUACCCAUAAUGCAACCGGCAGACAUCUUUUCACUGCCACCAUCCGGCUACUUUGUGUGCCUUUUAUUAGGAUUCUCGCUGUCAUUUCUUUUCUUCAUGGAUCAAAACAUUACUUCGGCCAUUGUGAACAAUCCUCAGAACAAGCUGAAGAAAGGCUCAACGCAAAACCUCGACCUGUUCGUAGUAGCCCUUCUGAACGUAUUUUUGUCGGUAUUCGGCUUACCAUGGAUGCAUGGCGCACUGCCACAUUCUCCAUUACAUUUGCGAGCUUUGGCUGACGUUGAGGAGCGCGUUUCACAAGGACAUGUGCAUGAAGUGAUUAUGAACGUUCGAGAAACUCGGCUGGCAACCCUGAUCGCCCAUGUGAUGAUACUGUUCUCUACGUAUUAUUUGAUACCAUAUCCACUUCAACUGAUUCCUACGUCGGUGCUACAUGGAUUAUUCCUUUACAUGGCGCUUACGUCGUUAUCCGGCAAUGAAAUGUUCGAACGCUUGCUGCUACUCAUUACUGAACAGCAAGCUUACCCACCAACUCACUACAUCCGAAAAGUUCCACAACGAAAAGUACAUCUAUUCACUGCCUGCCAAUUACUACAAUUAAUCAUAUUAUGCGCAUUUGGCUUCUCUCCAUAUCCGUUCAUCGAGAUGGUGUUCCCUAUCGUGUGCUUCUUUUUCCUGCCAAUCAGGCACACACUCAUCCCGCGUUUGAUCGACUACAAAUAUCUCGACGCACUUGAUGGACGUCACUGA